AUGGGCCAUUAUCGAGUGCGGUGCAUGAGGGUUUUCCAAUCGUCGCCGUGUGAAGUGGACGACCUACCUAUCCCGGAGGCAAGCAUAGCCAACAACCGCUUCUCUGGAUCGUUCCCCGAGUCUCUGUUAAAACUGCCAAGCCUUGUUCUAAUGCAAGUGGCCAACAACUUCCUCUCGGGGGGCCUUCCAGCGUCUCUGCGUGCCUCGUCCUCUCUUAAAACACUUAGCCUGCCAGGAAACGGGUUCACAGGUCCUUUGCCCGACUUCUCGCUCUGGAGUGUCAGCCUCGAGAACCUGGCUCUCAACCACAACAACUUCACAGGGCCCAUUCCGGACUCUAUCUCCACCCUCUCCAGCUUGAAGGCCAUCGUACUCAACAACAACCAGCUGGCCGGGUCCAUUUCAUCGGCCAUCUUCAACAUGACCAAUCUCGUUUCCCUCUACCUCGCCAACAACCGUCUGAGUGGCAGUCUGCCGUCUGCCAUCAGUCGUCUGGAGAAGCUCGAGCAGCUCUGGUUGGACAACAACAGCAUUGAGGGUCCUGUGCCCCCUGCCAUCUGCUCCCCUGCGCGGCUGUGGCGCAUCAUGAUGAGCAACAACUACCUCUAUGGGCCCCUGCCAGAGUGCAUCUUCGACAAGUGUGUCAAUCAGCUCGAUGUGAGCGGCAACAGCCUGUACGGGCGCAUCAACCGCAAUUUCAAGAGCAUGGUGGCUGACGGGGAAGCGCUCAUCAACUUGGCUCACAACUUCUUCUUUGGAGAUGCCGUGCUCCUCGCUGCCGGCUGCCAGGUCUGCCCCGCCGAGAUCACCCAGCCCAACAACCUCGUCCUUUCGGACCUCAGCAGUGGCAGGGGAGCAGGGAAGUGUGUCGAUGGCAUAUCCGGCACUCGAGAUUACUCGGUGGCGGGGGAAGGCAAGGCUGCGAGGGUGAGUGUGGCGGGCAACUGCCUGGCGCUCAGCCCGGACGCGGAGUGCGCAGCCAACGCCACCCAGCGCAGCACGGCAGCCUGCCAGGCGUUCUGCAGCAUCACAGACAACGGCCCGUGUGACGGCCAUGGGGAGUGUGUGCCGCCUGCCCCCACCUCCCCCUCCAACUUCACCUGCCUCUGCCGUCCCGGCUACUCUGCCCUCGACUCGGGCAAUGGCUCCACCUGCGCUGUUGUGAAAGCCGGCUCUAGUGUGUCCUCGCUCUCCACGGGCGCCAUGGUGGGCAUUGCUGUGGGCUGCUUUGCUGGCUUCGUUCUGCUGGCUGCUGUGCUCUCAUGCCUGCUGUGGCCCCGUGGACCAAGGAAGUGGGAGGGGCUGGACGUGUGUGAGCAGUACACGCUGCAGCAGAUGGUGAAGGCCACAGACAACUGGGCCAAGGGCAACGUGCUGGGCAAGGGAGCAUUUGGCAUCGUGUACAAGGGGUGCUCGCCACAGGGGCAGACAUGGGCCAUCAAGCGCUCCACUGUGAUGACCAACGACUUUGAAAUGGAGGUGCGGGCCAUGGCGUCUCUCCACCAUGUGAAUCUGGUGCGGCUGCUGGGCUUCUGCCAGGAUCUGAACGUGGAGACGGGCAAUCAGGAGCAGAUCCUGGUGUACGAGUUUGUGGCUAACGGAGACUUGCAGCACCACAUUUACAGGAGCGAGAACCCUCUUUCGCUGGGGGACCGACUGCGAAUCGCGCAAGGAGCCGCGGAGGGGCUGGCAUACCUGCAUGGGUUUGCGACGCCCAUCAUUCACCGCGACAUCAAGCCCGCCAACAUCCUCGUGACGGCCGACAUGCAAGCCAAGGUGGCUGACUUUGGGCUGCUCAAGCGGAUCACUCACGGGGAGGAUAAUCAGACCAGGGUGGCCGGCACUCCCGGCUAUGUGGACCCUGAGUACAACCGCACACGCGUGGUUACCACCAAGAGCGAUGUCUUCAGCUUUGGCAUUGUGCUUCUGGCACUGGUGACUGGCAGGCCCCCUCGGGCAACCAAGAUGGUGGAGGACUAUCAGGUGAUUGGCAUGAAGGAUAGCAAGCUAGACGCAACUGAAGAGGCCGUUCUUGCCAUUGUAGACCUCGCUCUCGACUGCAUCAAAUCGCCAGGUGCUCGCAGGCCUGACAUGAAGGACAUUGCAUACCGCCUCACAGCGCUCAUUGAUAAGUACUGCUCGGACAAGCAGUCAGAAGUAGAGGAAGUAACGGGUAAAGCAGUAGAUGAGAUUCCCUCCGACUCUUCUGCAGGGACUGGCACAAUCUCACAGACUUCCACCAUGAGUCUUGGAUCUUUUAUGAAUGGCAUGGGUAGCUGGCUGGAGAAGGGGCCAAGCUGA